AUGCCUGUUAUUUAUCGUGUUCGAUUUUCAUCUGAAAGUUUAACACAAUUUGAUCAAUUUUUUAUGCAUAAAGAUAAUAUUUCACAAAGUAGUUACAAAACUAAAACUUUAACUAGUUUACCUGUAUUAAUAUGUCGUACUACUUUCAUAACACAUUUAGAAAGUAGCCAAUUUCUAUAUAAAGAAAAUAUGGGUGGACUUUGUAGUGCAUGUAAUGAAUAUGGUUAUGAAGUAUUUGAAGAUAUCAAAUCACUAAUUGAUGGAUACAUAACAAAUACAGUUGACAGAAUAUCUAAGAAAAGAUUAUGCAAAAAAUCUUCUAAUAGACAAGUCAGCUGUAAUAAUUUACAUCCCAAUAUAUGUAAAGAAUGUGAAAGUUUUCUAGAAUUUUUUGAUCAAUUACAAGAAAAAUUAGAAGAAGAACAACAAGAGGCUUUAAUAGAUUAUCAAAAUUGA